CUAGUGUUCAUCGGCAUGGGAGUGUUCAUUUCAUCUGUUAUCAACUUGUUUUGGGGGAGUUGCACGUUAGUGCCUUGUUUUUGUGUCGUCUUUUGAGUGUUUUUCAGUUCCUGUCAACGCUUGGAAAUGGAGCAUUCCCCGCCGCGCGGACACCUUCUACGUAGCGGUGCCCGCUACGGACUCCCAGAACAAGUCCAGCCGACAGGACCGGUCGGUGAUGGGACAGCACCGGCGGGGGUGCAGCCACAAGACACCAUGCCGCGACCCUGCCGACAGAGGACGGGCCAGCCCCGACCCCCCCGCCAAGAGACAGGAGGUCGCCCACGACCCAGGGCAUCCCCGGAGAGGACGUCUCCGCAGCAGCAGCAGCGAUCGGCGGCCACGUGGAUCGUCGUCCACAACGCACGGCCAGUAGGAUGGGCAUCGCACACCAGAUGGGCGGCUCAGGUCCGGCCCCUCCGCGGCACCAGCCCUUCGCGGAUACCCCUGCCCUUCCGAGGGUUAACCCUCACCGACAGGCAUCCUCAGGACCCGCCCAUCCCAUUGACCGCAGAAGAAGAGCGCCUCCUGUGUCCCGUAUGUCGGGUGCCAGAAGUGCACCGGAGCACCCACUUGCGAGGCGCCCUCCACCGCUCCAGGAUCACUGCCCCACGCACCGCCGGGUCAGACGUAGAUGCGGCCCUCGCAACCCUCAGGCGCCUCCGUCCAGACCUCCUUCGACAAGGCCCUCCACCGCCUCCCCCUCAACUCGAGCCUAGCCCGGAGGACAUCAUCCUCGAAAUGCCAUCCGACGAUGACCUUUGAGCGAAGAGAAGGCAAGGAAGCAAGUUGGCGACGUGGAAUCAUUCGUUUAUUUAUGUUAUACUAAUUUUCCAUUAAUACAGCGUUGUUUCGCUUAGUGUGUGCCAGUUGCACAGAACAGUUAUGCGAUUUGAACACUUUUCAGUGAACCAUGUGAACAUUUUGUGAACUUUUAUCUUAUAACCCCAGAGUCAUGUUUCUGGGUGGGGGAGUGUUGUGAGUUUGUUUACAUGUGUGAAAAUGCAUUUCGAGGCCGUACGAUAACGGGAUAGAUAACGUUUCUGAAGGCACGUGUUUUAGCAACGCCGUGAGGGCGCUGCUGUUAGCCCUUUAAAAGGGAGCAGGUUUCCCGAAAACGGGGGUUGAGUUUCCAACGGUUGUACGGGCUGGAGGCCACGACUUAUUCUACUGAAGGUAAUAAACCUUUCUGUUCUGUUGUUCAUUUGACUGUGCUGCGUUUUCCUGGGUCGCUGAACGGACGGGCC